AUGCCUACUCAGACCCAGCAACAGGCUGCCCCCGAGAACGCUCCGACUCAAGCGAGCCAUAACGGUCACUUUACUCAGAACAACCGUGGUGCAUUUGGUGGCGGUCAUCAGCAAGGCAACCGUCCUGACUUGGCUUCAUUGUUUGGUGGUUUGAACAUUCAGAACCAAGGCUCCGGCGGCAAGUUUAAUACCCUCAAGGGAGGGUUGCCAGUUGCCAUGCCCCCGCCUUUGGAGCUCGCUGGCCCUCGUUCCUAUAACAACCAGCUGGUCCUGCUUCCAAAUGGCAGUGUAUUUCAAGGACUUCCUCACGCCCCCGUUUCCCCGUUUCCGCAAGGUACACUUCCCGGACAUGAUCAAGUUGGCCAGAUCCCGUACCUGCCCAACACCAUGUAUCCGGGCCUUGCCCCUGGCUGCGUCCCGGCGGCUAUGCAAGGUUACCCUUUCCCAUAUCAUCUCAUGAACUGCGAUAUGCAGGACCCGACUGGCCAGAAGCGGAACCAUUGGAAUGGUAACGACGAACAAAAGGCAGCUGGGCCCUCAGCAUCCGAUGGUAGCAACCAAAGUGAAUUUUUUGGUGCUCUCCCCAGUCUCGAUGGCUCUGCGCUUUCAAACUACGCGAUGAAUAACAUUCCUCAGGGAGGACAGGCAAGCCUGCAACUUCAGAUGAUGAAGACGCCGACGGGUUACAUACUCCAGGAUCUCGAAAGCUUGGUUCAGCAGGAACCUGCUAUCCCCAGAGCUGUCCCCGCUAUGUGGACCAAUCCUACCGACCUGACCCUUGCCAAGUGCCUUGAGAACCGGGAGGGAAUCACCAACGUCUACAUCCGAGGCUUCCUUCCGGAGACCACUGACGAGAUGUUGCAUGCUUACGCCUCCCGCUUCGGUAAGAUAGACCGUUGUAAGGCAAUUGUAGACUUGGAUACCGGUCUUUGUAAAGGGUUUGGCUUUGUCCAGUACUUCAACUUCGAGUCAUGUGAGAAUUGUAUACGAGGCUUCUUCUACCUUGGCUAUCAGGCUAGCUUUGCUCAGAAAUCUCGCAACUCACGUCUGAAGGAUCUGGAAGAUAGAUCAUCGACCAAUAUCUAUUGCACCAAUAUUCCAAUUGACUGGACCGAGGCUGACCUUCGACGCCACUUUGAGCCCUACCGUGUUGUCUCCGAGAAGAUCAGCCGUGACGAAAAGACUGGCGUUAGCAAGGAAGUUGGGUUUGCUCGCUUCGAAACACGCGAAAUUGCGGAGAAGGUCCUGGCUGAGUUUCACAACGUUGUCGCGGAGGAUGGUGUCAAACUGCUUCUGCGGUUUGCCGACACCAAAGCCCAAAAGCUUCUUAAGCAACAAAGUAAUGAGCGUCGUGCCUACCGUGCUGGUGAGUACAAUUAUUCUGUCGAAGUGGUUCAAGGGUCGACCCCUUCUCCAUCCCUUCAUCGUCUUCAGCAGACGGUUUCGCACAUCAGCCCUGCUUCUCAGGUCAGCUAUGUGUCUCCAGUCGGAGUAGGCUCUAGCUGGACUCCCGCAACAUCCAUUUCCCCAUCGGUUCCAUUGGCGAAGAAUCCAGCCGGCAACAUGCGCUACAACUCUUGGUCUUCGAAGAAUAGCCCUGUGCCUCUCGACACCACUCCUCUGUAUAGAGGCCGGCUUGGCUAUUCCAACCGGGGCAACUGGACUGACAACAGUGGUUCCUCCAAGACAGUCAUGCCAAGCACUCCCUGUGCUGAGCCUCAUUCUGAAAGAUCUAGCCCUCAUAAAGAAAACAUCAAGGCGGGAUCCCUGUCUCCGAUCUCGUCUCGCAGAGAGAUCAUUGUGAAUUCUCCACGCUCUGUUAUGUGA